AUAGGGCCACCAUCCUUGGAUUUACCAAUGUUUUUCAUAUUUACUUGGAAAGCAGACAGGACUACAGGCUUUUAACCAAUUUUAGCAUGUGGCAGCCUGGAGAGGGUUUUCUGAAAAGGCGUCCCAUCCUCUUGCACACAGAAAAUCCAUUGCUGAAGAUCGUUCAAAAGAGUCACCUCCUCCUUCCACACAACACAGUCCCUCCCCAGCUGGCAUCCCUUUCACUCUCUUCUGAGUCUCAACAAGAGCAGAGUGUGGCAAGCAAACAUGCUGCUGCUGGCAGUGCUUGUUGCCACAGCCACUUGGUCUUGUGGAUUUGCACAGGAAAUUCCCAUGCAGAGUCCUAUAUCCAUCACCAAGUUCCAAAAAAGUGCACGAAUGACAUGUGAAAUUCAAACAUUAGGGGCAAAUUUUGAUGGUGCCGUCAUACACUGGUAUCUGCAGAAGGAGGGUGAAGCUCCAAAGAGGCUCUUGUUCCUUUCAGGAGGAAAAGCUACCGUUGAAACUGGCUUUCAAGCAAGCAGAUACAUGGUUGAAAGAAUUUCUGGUCAGCGACGGUGUGUUCUUACAAUAAAAGAUGUAAUUCCAACUGAUGCUGCUACUUACUACUGUGCCUACUGGGAUCCUCAGAUUGGUUAUUACAACAAGGUGUUUGGCUCAGGUACAAAACUCGUUGUGUCAGACAAAGGAAGCUCUCCACCAGCAAACUUGGAAAUCCUGCAGAAAAAACAUGAAAAUCAGAUAAUGUAUGUUUGUCUUAUUGAGAAAUUCUACCCAGAAGUUAUUCGAGUGACAUGGACUGAUGAAGAAAAGGAGAUAACAGAAAACGUAGUAAAAGGUGAUGCUUGGCAACCCACAGAAGAGGAUGAAUACUCAAUUGCCACCUGGUUAACUGUACCAGCAGACAACAAAGACAAGAAAUAUUACUGCAAAUAUGAGCAUGAAAGCCAAAAGAAUUCACUGCCAUCACAAGUAAAUUCUACGAAGAAUGCUCCUCAGGAAGGGGACUGCAGCGCAAUUUUUAAUAGAGAUGUUACGUUUCCAGAUGUUACGCUUCCAGAUCACUUAAUGCACAGGACAGCAUAUUUAGUGUACAUCAUCCUUCUUCUGAAGAGCAACAUGUACUAUCUUAUCAUACUCUUCUUCAUCUACAGAAUGCGAACUCCAACCAAGCACCAAGGAAAGAAGGUGUAAAUGCUUGUUUAAGAAAAGGUUACAAAUUGAUCAUGGAUUUACUUUGCUUACCUAUAUAGACUCCCCUGCUCUGUAUUAGAUGUAACAGCAAAAAAAAAAAUCCCAAAAUAAUUUUCUGGCAUUACUGCAUAGGGCUCAUUUCGCUUUAUUGCUAGAUUUUUUUAUAUCAGUCUGGUUUUCCUAAUUUUUUUGAAUAUCAAACAAGGAUAGGCAAUAGCAGUAAUGGAUUUUAAUCCAAAGUCCAUGUUGCAAAAUGAAGAAGGUACUCAGAUUGGAAGUAGUUAUGCAUGCAGAAGAGUAGGGAUGCAAUGGUACUUUUGAUAUAUAAAGCACAGAUGGGUUUUGUCAUUGCACUUAAGGUUUAAUUAGGAGCAUUCCCGUGCAGUAAAUUCACAGAUAUUUUUCAUUUUUAUUUUCAAUGAUUUGUUGCCACUCUCAUUUAUCCAACAAAUAAGGACUUAAUUAUUCUGAAGUGAUGAGUGCUUUAAGAGACAAUUAAACAUAAUUUUUAGAAGUGAACAUAAGAGUUUUGAAUGAAGAAGUCACAUGAGAAUAAAAGCAAUUAUAAGGUGCGUGCAUACAGAAAAUGAAGAAAUCCACCAGCACUGUGACAGUCUGAAAAUCUGCACAUUGUGUUUUUAAAGAGAGAAGCCAAUCGUAAUUAUCAUAUACAUCAUCUUGUUUAAAGACACCUUUUUAAAUUGAGCAAAACCUCAAAUCUGAAGCUUUGAUAGAGAAAGUAUUUUCCCAAAAGAAGAGAAAUUCUCAGAUGUUGGACUUUGAACUCUUAAUCUCCAAGUUCCACAAAUCAGUUCCUUUCAAGUUUAUGCAGAAAAAUAGGAAUUAGACAUACUGGGAUAAAGCACUUGCUCAGUUUGUGUCAUACGUUUGUCGAUAAGUGCUUGCAGCAUUUACACUCACUGCAUCUUUAAUGAUGAGAGCAAUAAAAGCU